AUGGAAGUUGUUACUAACACUAAUUCACAGUCGAAGAAUCAAUCAAAUUGUUUAUCUCGAUGGUGGAAUCAAACUUAUUCUCAUCAAAAACGUAUUGAAUCAUUUCUUGAACAUCCUUUUUUUCAUCUUCUUAUCAUUAUACUGGUCUUUGUGGAAUGUGCAUCUGUUAUAACCGAAAUUCUUCUUUAUAAUGUUAAACGUCAAUAUGAAUGUCACAAUCCGCAGCAUUUUUCUUCAAAAGCUGACAUAGAAAAGAAAACACAUCAGCUUGAUCAUGGAAUUGAAAUUUGUCAUUAUACAUCAUUGAGUAUCUUAUCGAUAUUUAUGAUUGAAUUGUUUCUUAAAAUGUAUGCACUCGCUUCUCAUUAUUGGAAUUGUAAAGAAAAUCAUAAAUUAGAUUAUCUUGAUGCAUUUUUAGCCGUUUUUUCUUUUUCAACAGAAAUUUAUUUUCUAACUGUUGACAAAGAAUCUGUAAUUGCUCAUUCAGCUAUUCUUAUUGUUAUACUUCGUUUAUGGCAUCUUUUACGAAUUGCUAAUGCUGUAGCACGAUGUUUCCAGAAAGGUAAAGAAUUUAAAACAAUUCGUCGACAACGUCGUUUGUCAAAAACUUCGGAAGCCUUACUCAUUCCGUCAAGUAUUCAAGCAAUACUGGAUUUAAUGCAAGAAAAAACUGAAUGUUUGCGACGUGAUAUUAGUGUUGAACAAUCAUUAGUUGAACGUUUUGAAUUUAUUGAUCAAAAAUGUCAAGAUGCUUUUGAUGAUUAUUAUGGUGAUGAAACAAAACUUGUCGAAGAAAUACAAAAACUUCAUUUAAUCACUAGACGAACACAGUCUUGA